AAUAGGAAAGAGGUGUCAAUGGACUUUGAUAUUCACGGACCCACCAAUCGGACCCCCACAGGUUCUAAGGAGCUCGAGCUAGCCCAGACAGGGCUAGGAAAACGAAUGGUGUCAGUGCCAGAGGACAGCAGCCAUAAAGAGAUAGUGUCACUGAUAGAAGAGGAGUUUUUGAAACUCCGCCCCCUUGAAGGAAGGUGGAUGUUUUUCAAGGCAACAGGAGGCAGUGGCCAAAGGAAGCUCUCUAUCGUCCCCAUGGACACAGAAGGCUACUCUGUCCGGCAGCUUCGCACUGCAUCAAACAAUGGGAAAAAUGUCCUCUUUUUGGUUCCUCUGCAAGAGGAGUUGGACACAGAGCCACUUCCCUACAAUGCAGCAGAAUUUGCAAGGAUGCCACAGGUGCCUUGCCUGACUUGCAAUACAACCAUGCCCCUGCAAAUGUUGGCACUUCAUGCCGAGAAUUGCCAACCAACAACAGAGGAGCAGAGUGGUGUGGUGGUCAUAGAGGAGGAGAAUGAGGAGGAGAAUGAUGCCAUUGGCACUUCAGAGGAGCAAGGGGUGUGCCCUAUAUGCCAAGAAGUAUUUCCUACUUCAGUGCUCCCUCUUCAUGCCAGUGUUUGUGCAGAAAGAUCCUUCUGCAACAACACAAUUGUGGAGCCUGAUAUGGAGGUUCCAGGCCCUUCAUCUGCAGAUUCCUCUGUGGCUCGAUCAGCCCUUCGUUUAACAACUUCUUUAGCAACAGCAUGGAAAACAGCAGAUACCCCCCUAGAAGCCAUGCGGCUGUUUCUACAAGAACUGAGGCAAGGAGGAGAACACCAGCCAUCUCUAAUGCUGUCACUGGAUGCCAGGGAUGAUGAUGAGGAGCGGAACAGUGCCCUUGUUUCUUUUUACAAAGAAAUGCGUCAAAAGAGCCAAUGGACAGCACCUUUCAAGUGCCGCAUUCUAGGAAAUGCUGCAGUGACUACAAGGACAAACAGACCACCUUGUGCCUGCCUUGUCCGCAGCCCUCAUUGACAGUGACCUGUUCCUUAUGGCUGGUAGGAUGAUUGGCCACUCCGAAAUUCAUGGCGGUCCUACUCUGUCAGGGCUUAGUCUGGCAGUGGUGGAUUCCUUGAGAUAUGGCUCAAAGGAAACGGCCACAUCAUCGCUCUGCCUAGAGGACUGCUCAGAUAUAGACCACAGGGAAACCAUCGGUCUGUUGCUGAAGGAAGAAUUGGGUGAAGAAGAGUCUUCACGAGUAACCAACCUUUGUCUGGAGUGGUAUUUCCCGGUGCCAACCAAGGAGACAAACAGACUACUACUCUUCCAGCAGCUGCUUUCUCAUGCUGUACUUGGCAGAUCAAAUGCUCAAAUAAAGCAAAUCAGAAAGGGGUUGAAGGACACUGGAAUUUGGCCACUACUUGCCUGUCGACCAGAUGUUGCUCCCCUAUUGUUCCCCAGAGAGUCUGUUGUGAAACUCACCUCCCAAUUAGGAAGCAUAAGCGAUUGAAUCAAUGAAGCCUGACAUUCUCCGGUGGGACCUGUGCUCACAGCCCAGCAUCGUGCAGCUUGAUUGGCAUUCGCCAGACAACACCAGGAUUGGCUGGCAGAUGGUCCUAGAGUCCAUCACAUGGCCCCCAUCGAAACAAACAGAUGACAGUGACGACAGUGACAGUGAAAUCUCAGAUGGCAAAGUCAGCCUCAUCUCUGGAUUUCUUCGAACCUUCGUUGAAGAGGCAUCCCCAGACAUUUUGCGGCAGCUUCUGAAGUUCUGGGUCGGUUGGGAGGUGCCAUCCAAUACCCUCAAGUUAGAAAUUGUGAACUCAUGUGGUCGUAACCACCUACCAACCUCGAGCACCUGCUAUGAGCGUUUACGUAUCUCUAAUCACUACACCAGGUACUCCGCUCUAAAAGCGGAUCUAAUUAUAUGUCUACAGUCUGUUGAGAGUGGGUUCGGCCUGGUGUAAUAAGGUGAACAACUUCAAAAAACAUUUUAUUUUGCUUGUGACACUUUGAAAAGAAUGCAAAGAAUGGCCUUCUCUGCUGCGCUUGCGUAACACAACAUAGCUAGCACAUACUGAGUAAGUGAUGGUCAGUUGUUCUAUUUUGGAGUAUUUAUUUUUUGACCAAUCAUCCUACGUUAUACUUUUCAACACACCUCAAUACAGAAAGAAAUCAAGGUACUGUGGAUUACAUUUCUGACCAAAAAAAAAAUCAUUUGUGAGGAUUUCUGAACUUGGGUUACGUGUUCUGUUUUUGUGUUGAAAACUUGAAAGAAAAAUAAAUAUUUGAUCAACC